AUGUCGAAAAUCAACAACCUUGAGUUUGCUGCCCUCAAUCUCUCCGGAGAUAAUUACCUCCAAUGGGCACUCGAUACCAAAAUUCUCUUGAGGUCUAAAAAUCUUGGUGAUACUAUCACUGAAGAUACUGAGCCAUCGGUUAAGAAUAAAUACCAGGCCAUUGUGAUCAUUCGCCAUCAUCUGGCAGAAGGUCUUAAAGACCAGUACCUCACUAUUGAGGAUCCUCUGGAACUUUGGACAGAGUUGAAAAACAGAUAUGAUCAUCAGAAAACUGUGAUCUUGCCAAAGGCCCUUUAUGAUUGGAGGAACCUAAGAAUCCAAGACUAUAAGUCUGUGGAAGAGUAUAACUCGGUUAUGUUCAAGAUAGUCUCCAAGUUGAAAUUGUGUGGGGAGACUGUCACUGAUGCUGAUAUGCUGGAGAAAACAUUCUCCACAUUCCACACCAGCAAUAUGUUGCUUCAACAACAGUACCGAGAAAAGGGUUUCUCCACUUAUGCUGCCUUAAUCUCAUGUUUGUUGCUUGCUGAACAGAACAAUGAGUUACUCAUGAUGAACAGUGAGCUAAGGCCACCUGGUGCUAAAGCAUUGCCUGAGGCACAUGCGGCCAUAGAGCCAAAAGAUGAGACUCCAAGAGAGUCAUACCGCGGUCGCAUGAGAUGCGGUUGGGACAAACGGUUACACGGUUUGGGCGAGAAGGCGCCAACCGCUCCCUUUUGCAUCCCUUCGGCCAAACCGCUACCCAACUGCUCCCUUUGA